GAACUUGCAACAACAAUGAGUUGGAUUUUUGGUGCGCCUGGGGACUAGGAAGGCAGCUUGGACACAUCAAAGUAAUCGGAUAAAGGUGGACUGUGUGUGUUCGUGCUUCUUCUGUAUCCUUCAACCACCUAGUCUUCAAAUAUAUAGAACAAUAAGCAGGAAGUAAAAGUAAAAAAAGAAAAAAAAGAUAUGUCGGAGACUCUCUGAACAAAGAUGAUUCUUACAACGCAGAAGAGAUGUACAAUAGAAUUAUAUGUCCCGUCUAUAAACAUUUCAUACACAUUACACCACAGUGGUCCAAGUCCAUACAUACAAACUACAAAAACUCCCUUAAUUUGGAAGGGGCAUUGGCAAGCCAGUUUGCUUCUAUCUUGCAAGCUUGCAGUGAUCAGUCUCUUAUCCAACAAGGUAGACAAGUUCAUGCACAUGUUAUUUGCAGCGGACUAGUCAAAAACAGCCUUGUCGGUACAAAGAUCCUGGGUUUGUAUUUUCUCUGUGGGAGCAUUAUGGACGCCAAGAACAUGUUUUAUCAGCUUGAUUUGAAAUAUACUUUGCCUUGGAACUCAAUGAUUAGAGGGUUUACUAUGAUGGGUUACUUUGAUUAUGCCUUGCUGUUUUACUUUAAGAUGCUGAGUUCUGGAGUUUCACCUGACAAGUACACUUUUCUGAGUGUAAUUAAAGCUUGUGGUGGUGUGAAUAAUGUAAGAUUGGGCAAAGCUGUCUAUGAUACUAUCCAGUUUAUGGGUUAUGGAGUUGAUAUAUUUUUGGGCAGCUCUUUGAUUCGACUGUAUGUGGACAAUGGUUGUAUUCAGGACGCGUGGAGCUUGUUUGUGAAAAUGCCUGUCAAAGAUUGUGUUUUAUGGAAUGUUAUGCUUCAUGGUUAUGUUAAAAAUGGAGAGUUAAAUAAUUCUGUUAGAAUGUUCUUGGAAAUGAGAAGUAGUGAAGUUAAGCCUAAUGCAGUGACGUUCGCUUGCAUUUUGUCUCUUUGUGCUUCAGAAGCUAUGAUUGGUUUUGGUACUCAACUCCAUGGGCUUGUUGUUGCAUGUGGGUUGGAGUUGGAUUCUUCUGUAGCUAAUACAUUGUUAGCAAUGUAUUCUAAAUGCCAAUGCUUCUCUGAUGCCCGCAAGUUGUUUGAUAUGAUGCCUCGAACUGAUUUAGUGACAUGGAAUGGAAUGAUAUCAGGUUAUAUACAAAGUGGGUUUAUGCUUGAGGCUUCACGUUUGUUUCAGGACAUGAUAUCUACUAGUGUCAAACCUGAUUCGAUCACAUUUGCAAGUUUUUUACCUUCGGUUGCUGAACUAGGUAGCCUCAAGCAAGGUAAGGAAAUUCACGGUUACAUUGUAAGGCACUGCGUGCCUUUGGAUGUGUUUUUGCAAUGUGCACUUAUUGAUGUAUACUUCAAGUGCAGGAAUGUGGACAUGGCACAUAAAAUUUUCAGCAAAAGCACCAGAACGGAUGUUGUCAUCUGCACAGCUAUGAUUUCAGGGUUUGUUCUCAAUGGGAUGAAUUGUGAUGCAUUGGAAAUUUUUAGAAGGUUACUUAAAGAGAAAAUGAGACCGAAUUCUCUAACACUGGCAAGUGUUCUACCAGCUUGUGCUGGUCUGGCUGCUCUGAAAUUUGGAAAGGAAUUGCAUGGAAACAUCCUUAAGCAUGGGCUUGAUGCAAGGUGUUAUGUGGGUAGUGCCCUUACAGACAUGUAUGCAAAAUCUGGAAGGCUCGAUCUUGCUCAUCGAGUUUUUCAAAGACUGUCUGAAAGGGAUGCUGUUUGUUGGAACUCGAUGAUAACAAGCUAUUCGCAGAAUGGCAAACCGGAAGAGGCGAUAGAUCUAUUUCGUCAAAUGGGGACGGAAGGUGCCAAGUAUGACUGUGUUAGCAUUUCAGCUGCGCUAUCUGCUUGUGCAAACUUACCAGCACUUCAUUAUGGGAAAGAGAUCCAUAGUUUCAUGAUUAGAAGUGCAUUUAGUUCCGAUCUAUUUGCUGAGAGUGCACUGAUAGACAUGUAUGCCAAAUGUGGAAACUUAGAUCUUGCUUGCCGUGUGUUUGACAUGAUGGAAGAGAAGAAUGAAGUUUCCUGGAACAGCAUCAUUUCUGCUUAUGGGAAUCAUGGUCGCCUUAAGGAAUCUCUUGUUCUGUUUCAUGAAAUGUUGAGUAAAGGGAUCUUGCCUGAUCAUGUCACCUUUCUUGGUAUAUUAUCUGCUUGUGGCCAUGCAGGCGCAGUUGAUGAAGGAAUUCUCUACUUCCGUUGUAUGAUUGAGGAAUAUAGGAUCCCAGCUAGGUUGGAGCAUUAUGCUUGCAUGGUAGAUCUAUUAGGGCGUGCUGGACAUUUACGUGAAGCAUUUGAAACAAUAAAGAGCAUGCCAUUCUCCCCAGAUUCGGGUGUCUGGGGAACAAUGCUUGGAGCCUGUCGGCUCCAUGGCAAUGUUGAGCUUGCAGAAGAGGUAUCAAGAUAUCUUUUUGAAUUGGCACCGCAAAAUUCUGGCUAUUAUAUACUCCUCUCAAAUAUACUUGCUGAUGCUGGAAAAUGGGGGAGCGUGCUGAAGGUUCGAACGCUAAUGAAAAACAGAGAAGUUCAAAAGGUUCCUGGUUACAGUUGGAUUGAGGUAAACAACAACACUCAUAUGUUUGUUGCAGCAGAUGGGAGUCACCCCCAGUCUGCUCAGAUAUAUUCAGUGCUCAACAGUCUUCUUUUAGAACUAAGAAAAGAGGGUUAUAAUCCUAGACCUUACCUUCCAACACAUCCACAGACAUUGGGGAUUUAAUCUAUAGACGGAAAGAAAAUAGAAGUUCACUACACUCAUUCGGUAGUUGGAUUGGUAACAUGUAAACUUACCUCCCCAGAGGAGAAGGAAGGAAAAAGGGUUUCAACUCUCAAAUUAGAAAUCUGAAAAACUACCGAAGGGGUCCCCUCUUGAUUGUGUUUCCGACUUUGAAGAUAAUUAAACCAAUGUGGUUUUGGAACCUUUUGCCACUUAUUUGGAAGGUAUUUUCAGCUAUGAAGUUAUGAAGCUUGGCCAGAUGUAUUAUGUUUGUCCCAUCAUACAAAGGUUGAUAAACCAAAAAGACAACGGUGGAAAUACUCCUUUGCAUUUGGCAACGAUGUACCACCGUACAGAGGUUGGCAUAUAAGGACCAACAUAAAGCUCUUAGAGUGUAGGGUCAUGACAGCUCUUGAUGUUGCUGAAAGCAGUUUGGGAAUUGUUGCAUCACACCAGGAAAUUUUUGUGCUAUCUAUUGUUAUAAAAUUACGGAUGAUUAUGGCUAUUACAAUUUACAACCAAAGGAAGGAUCAGAGUUCUAGUCCAUUGGGUUCCAUUCUUUCAGUUACCUAACGAGGAAAUCCGUAGGAACAGGGUAAACACGUUAUUAGUGGUGGCCACACUAGUUGCCACGGUGACAUUUGCAGCAGGUUUCACAAUGCCAGGCGGUUACAGCAAGUCGGUCCUCAUGAGGGCGUCACAACCUUGUUGCAAUCAGUCUCAUGGGGUGUACACAGCUCUUCCAUUACGGCACAGCGACUAACUCGAUCAUUUUCGAAAUGGGUUUGUUCAGUCCUAAUAGUUGUUGCAGUACUGGGCAAUGGUAAUGCACUUGACCAAAGAUUUGGUUAACCUUUUUUUGGGAUGGUUUCAUUGGGGCCCGGCGGUUCUAUGUUUGGCUGGUUUCUUAUCCUUUUCCAAUGUUAUUUCGAUUUGGUCAUCAA